UAGAACAUGAGAGGCAAAAGCGGGAGGCUAAAGUAGCCAAUGUGCUUCGAAGCUAGCAAAGAAGGCGGGAGGAAUAAGGCACUUCCUGUAUAUUUUCCCCUUCCGAGAAUCGGCUUCCGGUCCUCGUGGGCACCGCAGGAAUGGAGGACUUGAAGCUGUUGCCGAGACACACGCGCGACUUCGCCUCGGCCGCUUACUGGGAGCGCUUCUUCCGCGAGCGGGGCGAGCGUGCUUUUGAGUGGUAUGGCGAGUGGCAAAAACUCCGCACACCCCUGGAACGAUAUCUGCGUCCGCGGGACUCGAUCCUUGUUGUUGGGUGUGGCAAUUCAGAACUGAGUGAGCAGCUCUAUGAUGAGGGGUACCAAGAUAUUGUCAACGUGGACAUUAGUGAGGUGGUCGUCAAACAGAUGCAGGAACGCAGUGCUUGUCUGAGGCCCAAGAUGAGUUACCUGGUCAUGGAUGUGCUGCAAAUGGAGUUCCCUGAUGAACGUUUCCAGGUGGUGCUAGACAAAGGCACUCUUGAUGCCCUCCUGACUGAUGAGGAAGAAGCUACUUUGGACAGGGUACAAAAAAUGUUUGCCGAAAUUGGCCGUGUCCUGCAGUUUGGGGGCCGUUAUUUGUGUGUCUCCUUGGCCCAAGCACAUGUAUUGAAGGCGUCCAUGGAAUAUUUCUCCCGGGAAGGCUGGAUGGUUCGAAUACAUCAAGUCUCUGGCAAUGAAGGAAGCACUUCAGAGGGACAAUUUGCCCUGCCUAUCUUUGUCUACGUUCUGACAAAAAUCAGGCACACACCAGGCUCAGCUUUAUGCAUCUUGGAGAUGUGUACUGAAAAGCAGGACAAGCCUGUCCGGUUCGAGAGCACUGACCAUCUUAUUGAGGCGGUGAAAGAGAGACAACAGUACGCUCUCCUGCGCAACCAGCUCAAUAAAAACUCAAGUGCAGGGUCCAUUUCCUUGGAUCUCUGCAGUAAGGAUACUGGGCAAGCCCGCUACACUUUGCAUGUGGUGCACAACUUGGCUGUGAAAGUGUCUCGUGACAAUCGAUUUGCCAUCUUUAUCAUACCACAGGGCAGAGAAACUGAGUGGCUUUUUGGGACAGAGGAGGGACGAAAGCAGUUGGCUGCAAGUGCAGGAUUCCGGCGCCUAAUAACUGUGGCCUUGCACAGAGAUCAGCACUAUGAAGACAUGGGUACCAUCCAGGCAGAGCUGUCAGAAAAAGUGAUGGAACUGAGCCCACCUGAUCUCCCAGCCCAGCAGCAGGUUCCCUUUCUGUCAGUGGGUGGAGACAUUGGGAUCCGCACCAUCCAGCAUCGUGACACUAGCACCCUCAGCGGGGAGUAUGUUAUUGAAGAUGUGAAGGGAGAUGAUGCCCACUAUUUCCGCCGCCUCAUCUUCCUCAGCAAUAGGAAUGUGGUGCAGUCAGAAGCCAGGCUUUCAUCCAGGGCACCCCACAAAGGGAAUAAGAAGCACAGAAAAAAGAAAAGAGCGGCUUCCAGUGUUCCUGCGGAGCUAACUGCUGCACCAGCCAGUCAGUCUAUCGACAAGAGCUACCUGUGCUGUGCUCAUCACAGAGCCAUGGUAGCAGGACUGUGCUUGCUGAAAAAUCCAGAAUGCCUCCCAGAGGCCCUGAUCCGUGUGCUGGUGAUUGGCCUGGGUGGCGGCAGCCUGCCCCUCUUCAUCCAUGACUACUUCUUGCAGUGCUGCAUCGACGUGGUGGAGAUUGACCCGGCCAUGCUGGAGAUGGCUACAAGCUGGUUUGGCUUCUCUCCAGGAGACAGGCUUAAAGUUUACAUUGCAGAUGGCUUAGUAUACAUCUCCAGCCUAGCAGCAGAAGGUAACAAUUCUCAGAGGCCUAUCUGUGCUGAAGCCACUUGCAGGUCUCCAGCCUCAUAUGAUGUUGUCAUGUUUGAUGUGGACAGCAAAGACCCUUCCUUGGGAAUGAGCUGCCCUCCCUCAGCCUUUGUGGAGAAGUCCUUCCUUCAGAAAGUGAGGGUCCUUCUGAAAACAGAAGGCACCUUUAUCCUCAAUUUGGUAUGCCGGAACUCCCUGCUCCGAGAUGAUGUAUUGGCCACCCUUAAAGAAGCUUUUCCUGUGCUCUAUGCCCGAAGGAUUGAAGGGGAAGUGAAUGAGAUCCUCUUCUGCCAACCACAAACCAAGCACAAACUAUCUCCUGUGGACCUCCGUGAGACAGCUCAGAUUCUGGAGAAGGCACUGAGGCAACCUGGUCAAACAUGGGACAGCACUUAUGUCUUGGCAGAUAUGCUAGAAGCAGUGAGAUUGGUAUGAGGAAAGAGUUCUCCACUCUAUACAGCAUCUGGCCUUGUGAAGAGAAAAAGCAGUUGACUGUAGUUCAGUUUACAGCUCUUGUGCUGUGGAAUGAUUAUGCUUUCUAAUCAAGAGGCUGGAAGGAUAAGAAAUACCUAGACUGUCCUUGAAAGUUGCACAGGAAACUUUGCUCUAGAGGACUGGGACUCUGAGUGGUGACUACCAGUAAAGCAUGCCAUGAAACUCUUCUUAGGAGCACCCCUUAGUUCUGGGUUUUCCUGGAAACAGCAGUAAAGAUGCAGAGUCUCCCCUCCAUUCUCUGUACUCAGUGGAAGAUUAAGAAACUCACAUCAGCUCUAGGAAAAGUGUGUGUGUGUGUGUGUGUGUGUGUGUGUGUGUGUGUGUGUGUGUGUGUGUGUGUGUUAAAAUAAAUGGUUUCCUCUAUUUUGUAUCUGGUCAUGCAGUAUAAAAGCCUAUAUUCAUUAUGUCUCUAAA